CAUUUGGGGAAUCCUGAAACAAGUUGUUCCUUCAAAGACUUCUUGCCAAUUUCUAUAAGCACACUCUGAAUGAACAGAGAAAAAGGCUGUUGCACUUAGACGGUUUAUAUCCCUGCCCUCCUGUGUUUGAUCCUUUACUUUACGUCUUUUGCUGUGGACACAGACUGCUGCGCUGGUUGGACACAGUGAAAUCGAGAGACUCCCUUGGUGACUGGUCCUUGAUUAUGGACACAGAAGCACUGUAAAGCCCUAUACACUGGAUGUACACUCGACUUGCUGCACUGCCGAACAUCGCUGCUAGCCCAUUUUUAAUGGAUGUAAAACUACUAACAAAGGAUUUAAACUAGAUUUAACAAAGGAAGGGGGAAAACAACAACAUCAAAAAUCGAUUUGGACUUGAAAACAAGGCAUGAAGACUUAAAAAGACUGCAAAAGGAAGGAGUGUCAAACAAGGGAAAAUCAACCUGUUGCAUAUCAUUCUCUUAAGAUGGAAGUUAUGCGGCGGGACUAAUCGUAGAGUCAGACCAAAGGGACAGUCAUUGCUGGGGAGUGGCAGAAUCAUCGCUGUCAUCUCCCACGGGCCCUGCCCCCAUGGACCUGCGUGUAGGCGAGCGUCUGGUGCGUCCGGGUUCGGACACGGCCUUCCUGUCCCCUCUCCACCCCCCUUUGUUGCUCAGUCCCUUCAAUCCGCAGCACUGUUCCCAGUACAGUCAGUCACAGCUGCAGCAUAUACAGCACCUUAACAUGGAGCAGCGUUUACGAGACCAGGAGCAAGCCAAACAACAGCUACAGCAACUCAAACACAAGGACAAGAGCCAACAGAGUGCUGUGGCCAGUGCUGUGGUGAAGAAGAAGUUAGCUGAGGUGAUUCUAAAUAAACAGAAGGCUGUGCUGGAAAGGACCAACUCCAACCCUCUCAGCAGCCCAUCAGUUGCCUACCGGGAGUUGGUUCCAGAUCCCAGUGCUUCUCUACAGCCACUCCUGUCAUCUGCAAAACCAAAUCUCAGUGAAGGACCCGACGAGCCCCCACUGAGACGAGCAACAUCAGAGCCCAACCUGAAGGUGAAACAUAGAUUAAAGAAGCACCUGAACACUCGUAAGAGCCCUCUGACCCGCAAAGAGAGCGCCCCGGCCACUGUCAAGCACCGCAUAUCUGAUACGCUGGAUUCGUCCCCCAGCAGCAGUAGUACACCAGUAUCUGGCUGUAGCUCUCCAAACGACAGUCUGCCCAAUGAGAAUGGAGUGCUGCCCCCUACUGUCAGUCUGUCUCAUGAGGCUCAGAGGUUGCUGUUGCAGGAUGGGUCUUUGGCUCACUUCACGGUGCAAAAUCCAUCCAGUCUCCCGACCAUCACGCUUGGACUCCCCGCCAAUGCCAAGGCAGAGAAUGACCUGAGUUCACUGAAGCUGGGUCGAGUACCCAUGGUUCCUGGUGGUUCUCAAAUGCUGGUUCCUAUGAGUGUGGAAGAGCAGACGGCAUCACUUAUGCAGCCUGUCCUCAUCCUGGAACCCUCUGGAUUCGUACACGCCCCCCUACUGGCUGUUCCAGGUCUGGGUCCGGUUCCUCUGCAGUUCAGUGCAUCUGGUCCUCAUAAACCUUUGAGCCGCACACGCUCAGAACCGCUGCCUCAGAGUCCACGAACCCUUCACUCUCACCUGCUCCAACAGCACCACAACACACAGCUGCUGGUGAGACUCAAACAACAAACUCACCUGGGCAAGCUCAUGUCAAAGUCCAGUGAGAAGCCACGUCUCCAGCAGAUCCCCUCAGAGGAUAUGGACUCAGAGGAGGUGGGGCCAUCAGUGGGCGACGCCCAUCCGUGCAGGAUGAGGGCGGAGUCAUGCAGAGAGCUGGAGAGUCAAGAAGAUCCGAUCAACCUGCAACACGCCCUCAUUCUCAACCAGUCACGUCUGUGGGAAACGCAGAAGCAACUGCAGCAACUGCGCAGACAAACAGCCCACAUGGAGACGUUGGCGGUACCCAUGAUGCUUGGCGGCGCGCACCGGCCGCUCUCUCGCACACAGUCGUCACCAGCCUCCACCUCACUAACACUCCCAGACAAACCCCUGCCACUCACCACAACAACAGAGCCACCCCAGAGUCAAACCCGCUUCACCACAGGGCUGGUGUAUGACUCUCAAAUGUUGAAGCACCAGUGUACGUGUGGAGACAACAGCAGUCACCCAGAGCAUGCAGGGAGAAUACAGAGCAUCUGGUCACGCUUGCAGGAGCGAGGCCUUCGUGGCCAGUGUGAGAGUAUUCGAGGUAGGAAAGCCACUUUAGAGGAGCUUCAAUCUGUCCACACGGAGCGCCACGUUCUGCUGUAUGGCACCAACCCUCUGAACCGCCUCAAACUGGACAAUCGCAAACUGGCCGGCAUACUGUCACAGCGGAUGUUUGUCAUGCUGCCUUGUGGGGGAGUCGGGGUUGAUAACGACACCAUCUGGAAUGAGAUGCACACCUCCACAGCGUCUCGCAUGGCGGCCGGGAGCGUGACGGAGUUGGCAUUCAGAGUGGCUAAAGGAGAGCUCAAGAAUGGCUUUGCUGUGGUCAGGCCACCAGGACAUCACGCGGACCCGUCAAACCCCAUGGGUUUCUGUUUCUUCAACUCUGUGGCAAUCGCUGCUAAACAGCUCCAGCAGAAGCUCAGUGCCAGUAAAAUCCUCAUUGUUGACUGGGAUGUUCACCAUGGCAACGGCACCCAGGACAUAUUCUACAACGACCCCAGCGUUCUCUAUAUCUCUCUUCAUCGAUAUGACAAUGGCAACUUCUUCCCUGGUAGUGGAGGACCAGCAGAGGUGGGUUCUGGUGCUGGAGAGGGUUUCAAUGUUAAUGUGGCUUGGACCGGUGGACUGGAGCCGCCCAUGGGCGAUGCAGAGUACCUGGCUGCUUUCAGGACGGUGGUGAUGCCCAUUGCUCAAGAGUUCUCACCAGACGUCGUGUUGGUCUCUUCAGGGUUUGAUGCUUCAGAAGGACACCCUGCCCCCUUAGGAGGAUACAAAGUCACUGCUAAAUGUUUCGGGUUUUUGACUCGGCAAUUGAUGACAUUAGCAGGAGGACGUGUGGUUCUAGCAUUAGAGGGAGGUCACGACCUCACGGCCAUAUGUGACGCAUCUGAGGCCUGUGUCAGUGCUCUGCUUGGGCUGGAGGAGCCUCUUCCUGAGUCCACUCUACAUCAGAUGCCCAAUGCCAAUGGAGUCCUUUCACUCCAAAGAGUUAUACAGAUACAGAGUCAGUAUUGGUCAUCACUGAAGCCGUUGAUGAGCACAGUAGGCAUGUCAUUUCUAAGUGCCCAGAGGAAAGACUGUGAGGAGACAGACACAGUGAAUGCGAUGGCGUCCCUCUCUGUGGGAGUGCUGACAAGCAAAAGCCUUGCUGAUGAACCUAUGGAGCAUGAUGAAGACUCCCUUUAAAUCAGGUCUGAAAACUGUCCAGUACCACAUGGCACUCUAUGUCAUAUGAGUGAGCUGUGCCUUAAGACCAGUAGUACCUAUGGGGGGUGUGGCUUCCUCAUCAUAGCCCCUCCCCCGAGACGCCACCUCAUCACUGACCACCAGCGCAACGCGGCUAAGCUUACAACUUGCAGGAAUUCUGCCGGGGCUCUGGGAUCCACAACAUUCACCUACCAUAUGGACAAGUACACUAGAAAGCCUGCUCUGUUGCACUAGUGUGUUUAUAACAUUCACUAAAAGAAUGCGCUGAAAAAUUCCAGUCCUCCGCAAUACUCACCUCUGUUGCCUCAAAAGAGUUGACUUAUUUUAGCUGGAGUUGCAAGAUUUGCGGGAACGGUUGAGGACUGUUGGACAUUUUUUAAAGGCAGCCCACUUUACGGCCCUGACAAGCGAACUAUUGAAGUACUAUGCGAACAUAAGGGGUUUUCAUGCACCUGGCAACAACAAAGUGGCUACACUCUAUGACAUCAUAAAUAUUAACCAUUUUUAACCACUAAAGAAAAU